AUGGUGCAGAGCCUCCGAAGAGGGCUCCAGUUUCUUGUGAUGUGGUAUCAUGGAAAACUUGACAGAACAAUUGCAGAAGAACGUCUUCGACAAGCGGGAAAACCUGGAAGUUACCUUAUUCGAGAGAGUGAUCGGAGACCAGGUUCAUUUGUGCUUUCAUUCCUUAGUAAAACAAAUGUCAAUCAUUUUAGGAUUAUUGCCAUGUGUGGAGACUAUUACAUUGGUGGACGUCGUUUUGCUUCGCUCUCAGACCUAAUCGGUUAUUACAGUCAUGUGUCCUGUUUGCUGAAAGGGGAAAAGCUCUUAUUUCCAGUAGCACCUCCAGAG